AUGGACGCCCUCCCGGAAAAUAUUCAGUCCAUCCUCCAACACCCAAUCGUCUCCCACCUCGCCAACUCCACACAAAGCCACCUCACUGAGCAACUCACGCACUUGCGCAGCGGCUUCGUCCAGCCGUACUUGAUAAGCCCACUCUCCACGCUCCUCGCCUCUCUCGUCUCCACCGGCAUGCCCGACCUUGUCACCAUCCUCCUCCUCGCAAUCAUCCUUCUGCUCUCGCUCAAAAUCCUUGACUAUGCCCGCCGCAUCGUGAUGUUCUGGGUAACCCUCGCAUUUCGCCUCGUCUUCUGGGGCACUCUCAUUGGCCUGGGCUUCUAUAUCUACCAAGUUGGCUUCGAGCGAGCCAGUCGCGACCUGGGCUGGGUUUGGGGCGCAGCGGAAGGGUUUGUAGAGGAUUUCUCCAAGCGCAGUGCGGCAGCAGCCGCUAACGCCAAAGCUAAUGAGAAUGCCGGCGCCGGUAGUUGGUAUAUGAACCUGUGGUAA